AUGACUUCACACGAGUUGCAGGCCGCGGAGGAUUUGGAUGCACGGACAGAAGGAGAGAUUAAAAAUAGAAAUAUACAAGAAACACAGCAGUUGAAUGUGAUUAGCAUGGUACAGAAGAAAAAAGCCAAGAAACAACACCAAUUGAAGAAAACUGCUAGCAGCACACAAUGUGAAGAUGAAGCCAAGAAACAACACCAAUUGAAGAAAACUGCUAGCAGCACACAAUGUGAAGAUGAAGCCAAGAAACAACACCAAUUGAAGAAAACUGCUAGCAGCACACAAUGUGAAGAUGAAGCCAAGAAACAACACCAAUUGAAGAAAACUGCUAGCAGCACACAAUGUGAAGAUGAAGCCAAGAAACAACACCAAUUGAAGAAAACUGCUAGCAGCACACAAUGUGAAGAUGAAGCCAAGAAACAACACCAAUUGAAGAAAACUGCUAGCAGCACACAAUGUGAAGAUGAAGCCAAGAAACAACACCAAUUGAAGAAAACUGCUAGCAGCACACAAUGUGAAGAUGAAGCCAAGAAACAACACCAAUUGAAGAAAACUGCUAGCAGCACACAAUGUGAAGAUGAAGCCAAGAAACAACACCAAUUGAAGAAAACUGCUAGCAGCACACAAUGUGAAGAUGAAGCCAAGAAACAACACCAAUUGAAGAAAACUGCUAGCAGCACACAAUGUGAAGAUGAAGCCAAGAAACAACACCAAUUGAAGAAAACUGCUAGCAGCACACAAUGUGAAGAUGAAGCCAAGAAACAACACCAAUUGAAGAAAACUGCUAGCAGCACACAAUGUGAAGAUGAAGCCAAGAAACAACACCAAUUGAAGAAAACUGCUAGCAGCACACAAUGUGAAGAUGAAGCCAAGAAACAACACCAAUUGAAGAAUACUGCUAGCAACACACAAUGUGUAGAGGAAGCCAAGAAACAACACCAAUUGAAGAAAACUGCUAGCAGCACACAAUGUGAAGAUGAAGUCAAGAAACAACACCAAUUGAAGAAAACUGCUAGCAGCACACAAUGUGAAGAUGAAGCCAAGAAACAACACCAAUUGAAGAAAACUGCUAGCAGCACACAAUGUGAAGAUGAAGCCAAGAAACAACACCAAUUGAAGAAAACUGCUAGCAGCACACAAUGUGAAGAUGAAGCCAAGAAACAACACCAAUUGAAGAAAACUGCUAGCAGCACACAAUGUGAAGAUGAAGCCAAGAAACAACACCAAUUGAAGAAAACUGCUAGCAGCACACAAUGUGAAGAUGAAGCCAAGAAACAACACCAAUUGAAGAAAACUGCUAGCAGCACACAAUGUGAAGAUGAAGCCAAGAAACAACACCAAUUGAAGAAUACUGCUAGCAACACACAAUGUGUAGAGGAAGCCAAGAAACAACACCAAUUGAAGAAAACUGCUAGCAGCACACAAUGUGAAGAUGAAGCCAAGAAACAACACCAAUUGAAGAAAACUGCUAGCAGCACACAAUGUGAAGAUGAAGUCAAGAAACAACACCAAUUGAAGAAAACUGCUAGCAGCACACAAUGUGAAGAUGAAGCCAAGAAACAACACCAAUUGAAGAAAACUGCUAGCAGCACACAAUGUGAAGAUGAAGCCAAGAAACAACACCAAUUGAAGAAAACUGCUAGCAGCACACAAUGUGAAGAUGAAGCCAAGAAACAACACCAAUUGAAGAAAACUGCUAGCAGCACACAAUGUGAAGAUGAAGCCAAGAAACAACACCAAUUGAAGAAAACUGCUAGCAGCACACAAUGUGAAGAUGAAGCCAAGAAACAACAACAAUUGAAGAAAACUGCUAGCAGCACACAAUGUGAAGAUGAAGCCAAGAAACAACACCAAUUGAAGAAAACUGCUAGCAGCACACAAUGUGAAGAUGAAGCCAAGAAACAACACCAAUUGAAGAAUACUGCUAGCAACACACAAUGUGUAGAGGAAGCCAAGAAACAACACCAAUUGAAGAAAACUGCUAGCAGCACACAAUGUGAAGAUGAAGCCAAGAAACAACACCAAUUGAAGAAAACUGCUAGCAGCACACAAUGUGAAGAUGAAGCCAAGAAACAACAACAAUUGAAGAAAACUGCUAGCAGCACACAAUGUGAAGAUGAAGCCAAGAAACAACACCAAUUGAAGAAAACUGCUAGCAGCACACAAUGUGAAGAUGAAGCCAAGAAACAACACCAAUUGAAGAAUACUGCUAGCAACACACAAUGUGUAGAGGAAGCCAAGAAACAACACCAAUUGAAGAAAACUGCUAGCAGCACACAAUGUGAAGAUGAAGCCAAGAAACAACACCAAUUGAAGAAAACUGCUAGCAGCACACAAUGUGAAGAUGAAGCCAAGAAACAACAACAAUUGAAGAAAACUGCUAGCAGCACACAAUGUGAAGAUGAAGCCAAGAAACAACACCAAUUGAAGAAAACUGCUAGCAGCACACAAUGUGAAGAUGAAGCCAAGAAACAACACCAAUUGAAGAAUACUGCUAGCAACACACAAUGUGUAGAGGAAGCCAAGAAACAACACCAAUUGAAGAAAACUGCUAGCAGCACACAAUGUGAAGAUGAAGCCAAGAAACAACACCAAUUGAAGAAAACUGCUAGCAGCACACAAUGUGAAGAUGAAGCCAAGAAACAACACCAAUUGAAGAAAACUGCUAGCAGCACACAAUGUGAAGAUGAAGCCAAGAAACAACACCAAUUGAAGAAAACUGCUAGCAGCACACAAUGUGAAGAUGAAGCCAAGAAACAACACCAAUUGAAGAAAACUGCUAGCAGCACACAAUGUGAAGAUGAAGCCAAGAAACAACACCAAUUGAAGAAAACUGCUAGCAGCACACAAUGUGAAGAUGAAGCCAAGAAACAACACCAAUUGAAGAAAACUGCUAGCAGCACACAAUGUGAAGAUGAAGCCAAGAAACAACACCAAUUGAAGAAAACUGCUAGCAGCACACAAUGUGAAGAUGUUGAAUGUGAUUAG